UCUGAAAUAAAGAAUGUGAAUAUGUCAUCCAAAUCACUAGGCCCAAGACACUGUCAUUUGUUGAUUAUUGCUUUCUUUUCCCCCUGUAGAAUUAAUGUACGUAUAAAUUAUUGUUGCCUCAAAUGACACAGUUUCAGCCGCAUUCCUAGCACCAUCAUCAGAUUGACAUGCAUAAAUAAUAAUAGUAUAAUAGUGAUAACAAUGGUGUAAAAGCAAAACAAAAGCCAAAUCCCCGCUUUUAGUACGUUGCUGGCCCGCAAGAGAUAUAGUUUGUGGUUGUGCUGAAACAUGAAAAUCUAUGAGACGAGAUAUUGGUUUGCAUAAAUUGGAUUCGGCUAAUAAUUUUGUUCCACCAGACUCGGUCAAAACGGAAGACUUCUUCAGUCGUAAAAUAGGGUAAAAAGUAAAAACAAAUAACUUGGUCCACCUAAAAUAGGGUAAAAAAAAUGAAAUUGUAAUUUACUAAAUAUGGAUUAAUUUUGCACUAUAUAAACCAUUCACCACCCUCCCAUGUUCUUCAAGUCGGCUGCAAAGUGUCAAGUGCAAACUCCAAUUUAAAGGCGUGUUUGGUGAAUAAUUUGCUUUUGUUAUUCACAGUUUAAUCUCGCCAAUCACGCCAUAUAAUGGAGAUGAAGAAGGCUGCCUGUGCUAUCCUAUUUGCUGCCGCCUCAAUCAGUACGGUGAUGGCUGAUGUUGCUGCUCCUGCUCCUGCUCCAACCGCUACCGGUGAUGCCUCCGCUAGCUUGUCAGUUGUUGGAUCAAUUGUUGGUGCCUCAGCUGUGUCACUCAUCGCCUAUUUCUUGCAAUAAAACAAAAAAAGAAAGAUCAUAAAUGGUCUGAACUAAGAAGGGAGGGGAAUAAGAUUCAUCAUCAUCAUAACUAUGAGCUAGCUGUUGAUGAAGUUUUUUUUUAUUAUUAUUAUUUUGUUUUUUUGAGAAUUUCUCAUCUUUUUUCAAUUGCUUUUGUUUGCUAAUUAUGUGAAUAAUCUUUUACACCAAAGCAAUAAAAGAACCUUCCUUCA